GAAAGGGGAAGCUAAUGGAUCAUGGAAGGUAAUAGGGCACAUUAGAGCGACAAUAAUUGAUCGUUCUGUCAUGAUGGGACGCUUUCUCACGGUGAUGGCAGAAAAGAGUGCUUCGCUUCGACGUAUUGGUAGUGCAAUCUUUGAACCAAAGUAUGGAAGGACAAAGCUACAAUCUUUAUCGCGCACGGAUAGUUUGGACUGGAUCUUGGUAAUCGACAAAUUUCAUGUUGACUACAAGUACAAAAAGGAUGGUGCUUCCAAUGUUGGGGCUUCUGCCCUUCAAGCGUUCUUGUCUUUACGAGCAGUGGUGCACAAUGUGUCCUGUGCUGUCUAUGAAAUGGAUCCCCGAGAGGCGAUGACAAGAGAGGAAUUGGAUAGCCAAAAGGGGAAAGACAGAGACGAGGAGAAAGAGAGCAAGCAACCUUUUCGCUGGAAUCUCGCAGAAAGAAGCAUUAGGAAGGAAAGAGAAGAGGAGCUUCAAUUUUCGCUGUGUCGGAGAGCAGAUGCUAAUCAGUUUUUGAGAAUUGGCUUCUUUCAAGACCAAGCAUUGGCCAUGAGAGGCAAUGGGAACUAUCUUGUGGCAAGUGGCAAACAUUGGAGCCGUGACAGGCUUUCACAUGAGGAAGCGGAGGCUAUUUCGUUUUACAAACCACGUGUAUUCCCAGCUCCAGUUGGCAAAGAUUCAGAGUUGCAUCAAAUGAUCCGGGAAGGUGGAGCAAACAUCGAACACAAGGUAAAGUCCCUUAUUUCGCAGGGCGCCUCGGUUACUCGUUCUCUUGCUCUCCACACAGCUGUUGCCAACAGCAACAGAAAGGUUGUCCUUCUGUUGUUGCGUUUGGACCGAGAAGGUUGUCUCAAUUCAUUUGAUCCAAAUGGAACCACUCCCUUGAUGCUUGCGACCAGAGAAGCAGCAAAUUUGCCAGAAGAUGAUGAGACAGAGAUCCUGGAUAUUCUCUUGGCAGCUGGCGCCGAUAGGAGUGCACAGAACCUGGAAGGGAAGACAGCUUAUGGUCUACUUCUGGACUGGCGUGGGGACUACUGGGCAAUGGAACAUUUAGGCCGCGGCAAAAAAAUGUGUUUUACCGUAUUGAAGCAACAAGUGUCAGAAGAAGAGACUGCCCAAAAGUUGCUGCUUCCCAAUGGGCCAAGCCCUGCUGAUGAAACAGGCGGAGUGAUGGAAGGAUUCAUUCACUUUGAUGACUGGUCAAGCGAUGGCAGCACCCUCCCUCCCAGUUGUGCAGAAUAUGACUCAGAUCCAUACGAUUCUGAUGACUGGUAGUAUUUGAGGGUCGGGUCGGAAUGCUUUCAAUACCAAAUAUCACCAUUUGAAAGCUUGCUCUGUUGUGAACAAUUUGGCCAGCUAGCUGCCUGCAGCUCAUCAUGUGUACCGGUGCCUGGUACUGGAGAAGGUCAGCAAACAGGUUCUGUCCCUGUAAAAUUCUCCGAGGACGUUGCUUCCACC